AUGAUGAAAAAAUCUACAGAAUGUAAUAUAUCAAUAGUAUUUAAGUUUUUAAGAACUUAGAUAUUUUUGGAUAAAACAUACAAUUGAAUUUUAAUGGAUAGAAUUAAUACUAAACAGCAACUGGUGGAUUUUUCUCACUUGCUAUUAUUGCUGUUAUAGCAUUCUUUUUUUAACAGAACAUCAUUGAUUUUCUGAAUAGAGUUGAAAUUCAUCUAAACACAUAGACAAUCUUUGAUUUUAAUCCAGACAGUAUUUAAUUCAAUGAGGAUAAUUAUAUGUUUGCAUUAGCAGUAGAUUAACCUAACUUCAUAGGCCGUCCUUUCUUCAACAUCACUAUCAAAUAACGUAUAUAUACACGAUCCCCUAAUGGAACAUUAAAUAAAGAUGAUAGAUUUAUAGAUCUUAUUCCAUGCACUAAAGAUCGAUUUCAAAAGAUAUUUAAGAAUUAGGAUUUUUCUUCCUAGUUUUCUUAACUCAAACUAGAGGAAUGGCUAUGUCCUGAACUCAAUUAUUCAAUCAAAUUAGGGGGCAGCUUUACAAGUGAAGUUUUUGAGUUUGUAAAAAUAACUGUUAGUGAGUGUUCCAAUAAUUCAAAUUCAAAUUCCAUUCUUUCAUGGAAACCUGAAUGUGCAAGUACUUAAGCAAGAGAUCGUUAUCUCUAAUAAGAACGUUCAUUUAGAAUCAGAAUGUAGAUGUCUAUUAUCAUUUAUUUAGGUAUAUGACAAAUAAUGUCAUCAAUCCAUUAUAAGUAUAAAAUGUGUCUCAAACCUUUUUUGAUGAUGAAUCUUAUUUUUCAUUUUUACUUUCUACAGGAACAGAAGCAGAUGUCUUUUAUUAGAAAUACAAUAUUACUACUGAUGACAACAUAAUUCCACUACUAAAAAAAGUGGAUGAAGAAGUCAUUAAUGUAAAAAGAGCAGGAGAUUUUAAAACUAAAAUUGUUUAAAAUAAUGAUUAAUAAUUUUCAGCUAUCUAUUUGAGAAGAAGUCCAUAUACCUAUAUUAUUAGAAGAGAAUUAUAAGAUAUUGCUGAUUUACUAUCUUAUCUUGGAGGAUUUGCUAAUAUUGUUGCAAUUAUAUUUGGAGUCAUCAUUAAAACCUAUAAUAAAUCAAGAUGUAUAAAUAUAUAUUAAUGAUCUAUUUAGUUAUGAUUGAAUUGGCUAAUCAUGUAUAUGAUUUUCCUAUGAAGAAUGCUAGUGUUGCAGAAUCUCAAGAAAGAAAAGAAAUCAAGAAAACAAUAGCCAAAGCAAAAAGUAGAACUAUUGUUGUUUAACAUUAACAUUAAGAUUAAGAUUUACAAUCUCCUAUUCAAUCAAAUAAACAUUCAUAAAAUUAAUUAUUAUUAUAUGAUACAAAAUAAUAGGAAUAAUAUAAUAUAUCAAAACAAGAUGAAAUAUAUUAAGUCAAAUCAGAAUUAUAGAUUACUAAUCGUUAAGAAGAAUAACAAUUAUUCUAAUAGGAAUAAGAAAAAAUUAUAAAACAAUUAGGAAUUCAAGAUCGGNGGAACAUUAAAUAAAGAUGAUAGAUUUAUAGAUCUUAUUCCAUGCACUAAAGAUCGAUUUCAAAAGAUAUUUAAGAAUUAGGAUUUUUCUUCCUAGUUUUCUUAACUCAAACUAGAGGAAUGGCUAUGUCCUGAACUCAAUUAUUCAAUCAAAUUAGGGGGCAGCUUUACAAGUGAAGUUUUUGAGUUUGUAAAAAUAACUGUUAGUGAGUGUUCCAAUAAUUCAAAUUCAAAUUCCAUUCUUUCAUGGAAACCUGAAUGUGCAAGUACUUAAGCAAGAGAUCGUUAUCUCUAAUAAGAACGUUCAUUUAGAAUCAGAAUGUAGAUGUCUAUUAUCAUUUAUUUAGGUAUAUGACAAAUAAUGUCAUCAAUCCAUUAUAAGUAUAAAAUGUGUCUCAAACCUUUUUUGAUGAUGAAUCUUAUUUUUCAUUUUUACUUUCUACAGGAACAGAAGCAGAUGUCUUUUAUUAGAAAUACAAUAUUACUACUGAUGACAACAUAAUUCCACUACUAAAAAAAGUGGAUGAAGAAGUCAUUAAUGUAAAAAGAGCAGGAGAUUUUAAAACUAAAAUUGUUUAAAAUAAUGAUUAAUAAUUUUCAGCUAUCUAUUUGAGAAGAAGUCCAUAUACCUAUAUUAUUAGAAGAGAAUUAUAAGAUAUUGCUGAUUUACUAUCUUAUCUUGGAGGAUUUGCUAAUAUUGUUGCAAUUAUAUUUGGAGUCAUCAUUAAAACCUAUAAUAAAUCAAGAUGUAUAAAUAUAUAUUAAUGAUCUAUUUAGUUAUGAUUGAAUUGGCUAAUCAUGUAUAUGAUUUUCCUAUGAAGAAUGCUAGUGUUGCAGAAUCUCAAGAAAGAAAAGAAAUCAAGAAAACAAUAGCCAAAGCAAAAAGUAGAACUAUUGUUGUUUAACAUUAACAUUAAGAUUAAGAUUUACAAUCUCCUAUUCAAUCAAAUAAACAUUCAUAAAAUUAAUUAUUAUUAUAUGAUACAAAAUAAUAGGAAUAAUAUAAUAUAUCAAAACAAGAUGAAAUAUAUUAAGUCAAAUCAGAAUUAUAGAUUACUAAUCGUUAAGAAGAAUAACAAUUAUUCUAAUAGGAAUAAGAAAAAAUUAUAAAACAAUUAGGAAUUCAAGAUCGGAAGAGUUACUUUACAUAAUAAAUUCAAAAGAUAUUAAAUAGAAGUAAACCAUUAUUGUUUAAUUGCAAAUACAUUCUAUCUAAAUUCUUUUGCUCUAAAUUAUUUUAUGAUCGUAAUAGUAUCUUACUCCGUAAAGCUAUGUAAUAAGUUUUAUUCAUUAUUUUAGUAAAAAAAUAAAUAAAGAUUUGGAUAUUUGUGUGAUCUUAGAUACAGUCAAAGAAAUUAAUUUGAUUAAAGAAUUAUUAUUAACUCAAGAUUAAUUAAUUUUAUUUGAUUUUGCUCCAAAAUAAGUAAUUAAUCUUUAGGAAGAGGAACAAAAAAGUAUGACAAGAAGUUUAGUAAGAAGGAGUUUGGAAAGCAUGAGAACAAAUUCAAAUUCAUAAGAAAGUUAACAAUAAAAUGAAACAAUAUUUGCUUAUUAUAAAUUAUUUUAGGUAAUACUAUUUUUUAAUUUAUAUAGGCAUAUGAUCAUAUUCAUUAAUCUUUAUAGUAGAACAAUAAAAUUAAUGAGAAAUUGAUUGAGAAAUUAGGUUAAGAAGUAAAGGAUAUCUUUGAAGUUUCUCAUUUCAUUUAAUGGGAUAAUAAAUCAAUUAAAUGUCUAAAAGAUGAUGUAUAAAGUGAUUCAGUUAAUUCAGAUCCACUUUGCAUUAAUAACAUUGAAUAAAUAAAGAUCAAUAUGAAUAUAAACACAUGA